GUCACGUGUCACUCGGAACUCUUCUCUGCAGGGGGUGGAGGACGAAGACCGCAGUGGAUCUAAAAGGAAAAAAAAAAAGCUCCUUUUUUAUUUUUUUUUAUUUUAAUUUAGCUAGACUGCCUUUCAGUGUGUGCGUGUGCACGAAGGAUGUCGGAGCCGAGCCGAGGCGUUCGCUGUGGAUCGCUGUGCAACCUCAUGGGACAGAUGUUCAGUCCCUUGAAAACCGGCUGCUCCCUACCGCCAUGGCUAAUUCCUCAGGAACCGGUGGAUCCAGUUUGAUCCAUCCCUCGUCUUGGUUCCUUCUUAGCGGCCUGGCAGGUCUUCCCUGUCCGUCGUUCCUGCUCUACGUGGGCUGGAGUCAGGUUCGUGUCCGACUUUCCCAGACAGAUAUUGUGUUUUCUGGAGUCGUCCAGGGAGGGCUUCUGGGGUCCGGGAAGAUGCGCGCCGUAACUUUUCCAUGCUUGACCUUCCUGAUUGCUUUGGGAAACCCCUGAAGAAACACUUUGUCUUUAUUUUAAAGGAAGCUGGAAGACGGUCUGCCAUCUUCCGACUGAUAUCACCAAGUCGUUCUGCCCAGGAGGCCACUUGAGUCGCUGCAUUGCUGCUGUGGAAAUGGAGGCACCCAAUGGCUACUCUGCUAGUAAUGGCCAGUGCUCUCCGAGUAAGGAGAAGUCAAGAAUGUCAACACAGAACUGCCAAAACGAUCCGUAUGUUCGGAGUUCGCCAAGUGAAGUGCCUGAAAAGCAGAUCAAGCAAGAAGAAGACACACACGAGGAGGCUGAUAACAGAAGCCCAGCGCAUGAGGACCAAACAGGAGAAGAAAGGACAUCUGUUGGGGAAUCCAUCGGUGGGAGCCCAAACAAUGCAGCGGACAGUAUGUCUGGACAAAGUAUGACCUCGGAGGCACUCAAUCGACAACCAAACGGUGACCGGCCUUUCCAGUGCAACCAGUGUGGCGUCUCCUUCACUCAGAAGGGGAACCUGCUGCGACACAUCAAGUUGCACACGGGCGAAAAACCCUUCAAAUGUCCCUUCUGCAAUUACGCCUGCCGCCGCCGUGACGCUCUCACGGGUCAUCUUCGCACUCAUGCUGUUGGCAAACCACACAAGUGUAAUUACUGUGGGCGGAGCUACAAACAGCGCAGCUCGCUGGAGGAGCAUAAGGAACGCUGCCAUGGUUACCUGCAGAGCAUCGGCUUGGAGCCGGCCACCAACACCAGUUCUUACGCAGGUGACGUUCCUAAAGAUCCGAGACCCAUGACAACGUUUGAUCGGCCUCUUGUUAUUGAAAGACUGCACAGUAAUGUUGGGAAGAGGAAGAGCACCACACCCCAGAAGUUUGUGGGUGAAAAGAUGGUGCGCUACAGCUACCCUGAAAUGGGCUAUGAGAUGGGCCUCAAGUUUGAGAAGCAGGCCGAGCUGAUGUCAGCCCACAUGAUGGACCAGGCUAUGAGUAAUGCCAUCACUUACCUGGGAUCGGACACACUUCGGCCCAUUAUCCAACACCCAGGCCACCCUCUGUCCAUGACCGAGGUCCUGCCUAUGGUCAACCCGCUCUACCAUCACGUUCUGCCAGUUGGUAAUCGAGCUGAGCAUACAGGAAACACUGACUCACUGCCACCCCAGCCUCCUUUACUUUCUGAGUUCCCCAGCCACACCAUCUCCAACGGGCCCGUUGCCCGACCAGUGAGACCGACCCAAUCGCGGAAAGAGGAAUCGCCGAGUAACAGUGGAGGAGACUCGCCCGACUCGGCUCGGAGCAGCACCCACGAGCGGCAUGCCAACCUUGCUGGCAAUCUCCCGCCAAUCCAAAGGUCUCGCUCGAGUCCCGUGGCUUAUUCAGGCGAUCACGCGACAGAGGUGUCGCCCAGAAGCGGGUCGGGAAUCGGGAGUGGGGUAUUGCGGGAAUCCACAGAGAGGCUGGCGAGUCAGGAAGCGAUGCGGGUGUUUGGACGAGACGGCCGGGUGUUGCAAGCCUUCCACUGUGACCAUUGCCAAGUGCUCUUCUUGGACCAUGUCAUGUACACCAUCCACAUGGGUUGCCAUGGAUACAGGGAUCCACUGGAGUGUAACAUCUGUGGUCACAACAGCAAAGACCGCUAUGAGUUCUCAUCACAUAUCGUCCGUGAUUUGAACAAAAAACAACAUGAAAUGGCGGAACCCUGCGGUGCAGAAUAUGUCUAUUUUUUAAAGACAGGGUGUAUUUAUAUAUAAAUAUAUUUUACUGUCUUGCGUGUUCAGUAAAAAAAAAAAAAAAAGAAGUCCGACAUAUUGUUGUAAUAAAAAUAUUUAAACUACCAAACUGUUUCUGACGAAUUCAUCAGUUUCUUUGGCAAGAGAAAAAAAAAUCAACACUGAAAUAUAUCAUUAUAUUUUGUUACAUUCUAGUAUAAUUACAAUAAAUGCACAUAAAUAAUCUCAAUUAUACGUGAUUAUGUGUACACAAAAUGUUCCAUCAAAUUGAACGUUGAAAAGAUACAUUUUUGAAAUAAAAACUCUAAUAAUUAAGCCCAGGACAUCUAUUUACCAUUUAAAUAUUUCUAAUAAAUCAGUAUUUUUAAUUCAGGUGUCCUUAGACUAUAAUGUAGUGUCCAUAGUAAGAUAUAUAAGGUUGAGUAUGUCCAACUAACUCAUAGAAGUAUGAUAGUAAUGAGUAACAUGUGACUGUAAUCUAAAAUAUUGGAAAUAUAUUUUUAUGUACUAUACAUAUAGCUAUUGAUCCAUUUAAUCAACUAGAGUGCUCUA